UUCUUCAACUUGUCAGUUUUCUAAAUCAUUUGUUUCACUUUAUUUUCUUCUUUACAGUAUACAUGGCAAAAGGUGGAGAAUUACCAGGAGGAGGAGGAGGAAGAGAAUUUGAAGCGAAUGGCAUGUUUGCUCUGGGCUAAAGAAGGUGGACUUUUUCAGCGCAACCCUGACAUGGACCUCGUCACAGUUAAUAAGAAACUGAACAAACUGUGGGCGGCUCUUCCUCAACACGAGAAGGCUAACUGGAUUAUUAGAGCAAACGAUGUUUUGGGGUCUGGGGUCAGAAACAUUACCGUUAUGGACUUCGUGACUCUAGGCACUCAAGUCAUGGGCUCUGUGAUUGCAAAUCAUGAAGCAUUGGACUCUGUUAUUACUGGCAGUGAUGCUGCUGGCUCUGUGAUCAGUGCAAGUGAUACUGUGCGCUCUGUAAUCUGUGCAAAUGAUGCUGUGGGCUCUGUGAUCAGUACAAAUGAUGCUGUGGACUCUGUGAUUAGUCCAAAUGAUGCUCUGAGCUCUAUAAUCAGUGCAAAUGAUGCUGUGAGCUCUGUGGUCAGUUCAAAUGAUGCUCUGAGCUCUAUAAUCAGUGCAAAUGAUGCUGUGAGCUCUGCGAUCAGUACAAGGGAUGUUGUCAGACCUUUAAUCACAGAAAAAGAUGCUACCGUCUCUGUGAUCAGUGCAAAUGAUGCUGUGGGCUCUGCGAUCAGUGCUAAAAACUCUGGCUUUGCGUUCAGUACUGGCAUAACCAAACAGCAGACAGAAACUGUGGUUCACAGCAACUUUAUAAAGAAAGAGAAUGAACGACCGCUACAGGUUAUAGUGACAUCAUCCAUACGAAGGCCGACUGAAGAACGACCCCAGAUAUCGCCUCCGGAAUCGGCAGAUGAAACUGUUAUGAAGGAACCUAAAGUUGAACAAGCAGUGAGAGCCGAAGCUGUGGCCGUGGAAACGAACAGUCCGUGGGAAGGCUCCCAGGAGGAGGCAGAGUCGAGGGAGAGUGUGGCAUCGACCACCGUCAUUAGGACAAGAUUCAGUACUCUUCCCAAGACUGGAAGAAGUCGACACAAGGCGCCACAUAACAAGUCAAAACAUGUCUAUAAAGAAUUCUUGAACGUAUUGAAGGACAUAUUCAGUAAAAUAAAGACCAAAAACGUAGAAAGUUGCCCUAAGGUUCUGGAAGCUGCUCUUGAAAUGGUACUGUCCCAAAAAUUUCCAGUGGAGAAAGUGUCAGUAUUCCAUUGUAUAUCCAUCAGUAGACUUGAAAGAAACGUGGUGUCUCUUUCUAAACUGGCUGGAAGAUCAGGUACAAGUGUGUUUUGCAGGGCAUUAAGAGACAUUGUAUGCAUUACAGAUGAUGAAAAAUUCUUUGAGUGGAUGUUGCGCAUGAGGAGAAUGGGGCGUCCCCCGGUCAUGAGUGACACGCACUAUGUUAAGGAGUACCUCGGUCUCUCGUACUACCCAAGAGGUGUUUGCGAGUUUAUUGAAGUAUUUGGGGAGAAAAUUGAUUGCUUUCAAAAUUGGUGUACUCUUACUAAUGAGAGUAUGUUAAAAUGGGCAAAUUUUUUUAACAAUUUCCUCAGAAUUCAUUAUGAAAUAACAGCAAAGAAAUUCAUGGUUAGAAAAAAUUCAUCUCGCAUCUUCAGUUGCGUUAUGUUGUACCUCUCGCACACACACAUCAACAACCAGGUCAUUAUUUUCAGAGGACAUAGGAACACGUACAGCUUUGUGUCCCCUAGUCAGAAAGGCGUUAACGUGUUGGUAACAUUCUCUGCUGCAGGGUUCUACUUGAAGCCCUUAUUUCUGCAGCAAAAAUAUGAUAUGCCAGUAUGGGCAGAUCAGGAAUUUGUCGACCAGUCACAGUUUCAUAUUGGUGCUACUGCAGACGGGCAGUUAGAUCCCUUACUGUUUGUUACAUGGUUGAAGCUUUUCAAUGCUGAACUUUUAGAAAAUAAUAUUGAGAAACCAGUGUUGCUGUUCCUCCAUGGUCAUCCGUGUCAUGCAAGCCUGGCAGCCACCACCUUCUGCCAGGAAGAAAACAUAAUUCUGUUUUCUCAUUAUCACAGUCCACUUAACAUUAUGGACCCUUUUUUGGGAAUAAUGAACAACUUCAGCUUACAUUAUGAAAGAAGUAUAAGAAACUUUCAAAAUUACAUUGGAAAGGACAAUCUCACACUGAAAUAUUUACCAGUAAUAUUUCUUGAUGCUUUGAUUAAAAUCAGUGAAGAUCAUGUUAUGGAUGCCUUUAAGAAGAGCGGCCUUGUUCCUUUUGACGUGUCUGUUGUCCGUGAAAGCAUUGAUACCAAUCGUGUACACAAUUCGACUUCCACGUUAUAUCCGCUGUGUGGUACUUGGGUUUCUCACUCGCCUUCCAAUACCAAAAAAUGUAAUUUUGAGUUUGCACCUCAGAUUCAGCUGCCUUACAAGCGUCAACAGCUAGUUGUAAGUGAACCUCAUGUAAAUAUAAUUGAACCUUCUGCCGAUAAGGCUUUUUUGUUUGCAAGUAAUGAUCCAUUACAAGUUUCCUUUGAACCUUUACUGCAGAGCAGCCUAGAUAAUAACAGUUUUGUUCAUGUGUAUAGAAAGUGUGUGCAAGAUGAAGAAAUAAUUGCAAAUACAGCAAGUAAUGGGAUCAGUGAAGAAUUGAUGGAACAAGUUGAGAUUAAGGAUGAAAUUAACACUGUGAAGAGUCAAGAGACAGUGGAUAGUUCCUCAUGUUCUCAGCUUGUGGCUCCACCUCGGGACGGUAGUGUGACAAGAUGGACUGCAGGACAAAGCUCCUGUAAAUUUUAUGAUCAAACCACAAGUCAGGAAAUGUUGCCUGGUCAGUCUUAUGAAUCUCUUGGACUGUAUGAUGUAAAGAUAGAGAGUUGCAAAAUAGAAAGCCCCAAGUCUGACGAUAUUGAAUUUCCAAUUGUGUACAUAGCAAGUGAUUCUCCCGUGGAUGACUAUCUCUCAUCCAAGCCAUAGUGUAAGUGUGGGGGAGGAGGUAAUGUUAAGAAGACUGUGCAGGACCAGACAGUAGCAGUUGUCCCUAGAUGUGAAAAUGCAAGAAUAUUGUGUGUGACAUCAGUGCAUCAGGCUUCUGUGAUCUCAGUGUGCAGCAAACUGAUGAGUGUGUCAUGAUCUCUUAUUUCCCUUGAGAAAUGUACAAGUGUGAAUAUUUGACUUAGUUCUCAGAUUAAAGCAUCAUUAACACUGAUGUAAUGUGACAAACCAGUCCCAUAGAAAUGGGAACAAAGAAUAAAGCAAGGAAUAAAAAUACUCCAUUCCCCAAGGCACUGUCCUGGCACCUGUGCUGUUUCUUACCCUCAUAGCAAACAUAGAUGAAAACACCCACCACAGUUUUGCAUUAUUUGCAGAUGACACCAAAAUAAGCAUGAAAGUGACUAUGGUACAAGACACUGAAAAAUUACAGGAAGAUAUAAGCAGUGUUUUCCAGUGGGUAGUGAAGAACAACAUGAUGUUCAGUGGUGAUAAGUUCCAGUUACUUAGGUAUGGAAAGAAUGAAGAACUCAAAAGGAACACCAUAUACAAAACUCAAGAGGAUUAUCAAAUAGAAUGAAAGGAAAACAUGAAAGACUUGGGAAUAAUUAUGUCAGCUGACCUUACUUUCAAGGAACACAAUAAGACAAAGGUCAUGACAGCCAGGAGAAUAAUGGGGUGGGUAUUGAGAACCUUCAAAACAAGGGAAAAUAAUGCCAGUGGUGACAUUUCAAAACACUAGUGUGCCCUCAUUUGGAAUAUUACUCAUUGUUGACAGCCCUUUUCAAGGCAGGAGAAAUAUCAGAGCUGGAACAAAUACGGUGAUUGUUUAUGGUCUCGCAUAGAGCCAGUACUCACUGGAGCAGAGGAGAGAUGCAUGAUAAUAUCUACCUGGGAAAUACUCGAGGGCCUGGUCCCAAAUCUGCACACUGCCAUAACAACAUAUAGAAAUGAGAGAUAUGGGUGGAAGUGCAGAAUAAACCCAGUGAAAAGCAAGGGUGCAGUGGGCACAAUAAGAGAACACUGUAUCAACAUUCGUGGCCCCAGAUUAUUCAACAUCUUACCAGGAGAUAUCAGAAACACUGCUGGAACAAGUGUAGAAGUAUUUUCACCAGGUGCCAGAUCAACCAGGCUGUAAUGGAUGUGUGUGGCAGCUGGUCACCAGCAGUAAGAGCAUGAUUGACCAGGCAAGCACUAGACGAGCCAGGCUCCAGGAGUAGAAAAACUCAGCUUAUCAAAGGUAUAUCAGAGAUAUACACAACAGAAAUGGGAAGAAAGAGGAAAAAAGACAUUUCCGCGACUGGAACAAUACACAAAUAACUCACACAUACGAGAAAGGAACGUGUGACAGUCUGACUUGGACUGAAACGUCUUCAUAACUUUUGUGUAUAUGCGGGUUAUUUGUGAAAUGGGAACAAAAGACGUGAGAGACCUACACACGUAAAGCUUGGUAGAAUUUUUUAAACUGAAGCCGAACUGUGUUGAUUUUUCAUACCUGUGUUUCGCUUUUCUUCAAAAUGGUUCUUACUAUCACAUUACAGAUAUGUUACCUAACUUGCCUGGUAACCCUGUGAGACAAUACCGUCAAGGUAAAUCUAUCAUGAACAAAGUACUAGAGAAAAUUACAAGCUUCUAGUUACUUUCACUCGGUUGUAUUAAAAAUGUACAUACACCUACCAUCCGACUUACGACCUGCUUGACUUAUGACCACUCGACUUACGACCGUGUUUUUUAUGCCAAAUUUCUGGGAAAUAAACCAGUAUUUGUGUUGUACACAGUGUUUAUGCUAAACCUUACAGUAUAAAAUACAGUACUAACAACAUAAAAAGUAAAGUAAAACAUGAAAUACCAAAAUAAAACAAUAAAAUAAAGUCAUUACAAAAAUGUGAUGUUGAUAUUCAAUAGUAAAGUUCGACUUACGACCAUUUCGACUUACGACCGGUUUCUCGGAACCGAACUCGGUCGUAAGUCGGAUGGUAGGUGUAUAUAAAUAAGCUUUGUGAUAAUGGUUUAUCUCACUUCGUGGAACAUCUGAGGAAAUAUAAAAUAAAAUCAUGUGGACUUUUUGUAUAUUUUGUCACUUGUUGUUGGUCACUUUUAACCCUUAAACUGUCCAAACAUAGAUCUACGUUUUUUUUUACAUAAUGUAAAAUCGAACGUAGAUCUACGUUUGGACAGAGCGCUACGCAUGCAAAUGUAUAUCUACGUUUGGACAGUAUAAGGGUUAACAAAAAAGAAUUCCGCUCGUGAGAUGUGAGCGGUUAAGGCGAACUCGGUAUCUGAACUUUCAUAAGAAAACUUUGUAAAACACUAUGUGUGAGUGUAAAAAUAAUUGUGCUCUAUUUUUACAUGCAUAAACAAUAUUGUGAAGUAUUUUUAGCAAAAGUGUCUAAAUAGGGAUGUCGAAGGGCGACCCCCAAUCCACAUUGGAAAUAUUUUGGGGCAACAGAUUAAAAUGUAAAUGUAAUAAAAAUAUUUUUCACCUGCUUAACCAAAUAAAGACAUGACCUGACAGGUUUAGUGCUUUGUUGUAAACUUUAUACUAAGGAAUAAAAUUGAAUCUUUUCAGUAUGGAUUGCCGAGAUGUACACUAGCCCAAGGCACGACUCUGUGGAAAGACUAAACGCAUAUUCAGUACACGUAUAUUGAAAUUUUUUAUGGACUGUAUUUCAACCCCACAGUGAGCUUUAUUCAGUUUGUGACUAUAAAGCCCACUCUGUGGGCAAAACAUGAAGGAUAGCAUUAUACAGUGGAUCGUCAGCUAACGAUAUUAAUCUGUUCCUGAAAGCUCAUCGUAUGCUGAAAUUAUCGUUAGCUGAAUUAAUUUUCCCCAUAAGAAAUAAUGGAAAUUAAAUUAAUCUGUGCAAGACACCACAAAGUAUGAAAAAAAAAAAUUUUUACCACAUGAAAUAUUAAUUUUAAUACACACAAACUGACACCUUUAUUGAAGAUCUGGUGAUGAUUGAUGGGAUGGGAGGAGGGGAGAGUAUGGAAGUUGUUAAUGUUUAGAAGGGGAAUCCCCUUCCAUUAGGACUUUAGGUAGCACGUCCUUUUCUGGGGUUACUUCCCUUCUUCUUUUAAUGCCACUAGGACCAGCUGACCGUGGUGCAGCAGCAGCUGACUAUGGUGCAACAGCAGCUGACCGUGGUGCAACAGCAGCUGACCGUGGUGCAGCAACAGUUGACCGUGGUGCAGCAACAGUUGACCGUGGUGCAGUAACAGCCGACUGUGGUGCAGCAGCAGCUGACUGUGGUACAAUAGUACAUAUUUCUCACCCUAUUUACCAGAGGGUUGGCACUAGAAGCUUUCUUUGGGCCCAUGGCUUAUUUAGCAGUUACAAGCACUAUAAACAAUGGAAUAAUACAAAAUGUAUUGAAUGUAUGCAUGCAACCGGCCACCCUGGCUUGUAAACAAUGACGGCAGGGCUGGAUGGACAGGUUCGGGACGAGUCAUGUUGGUCAGAAACAGCUGAUGGUGGUGCAGCAGCAGCUGACUGUGGUGCAGCAGCAGCUGACCGUGGUGCAGCAGCAGCUCACCAUGGUGCAGCAGCAGCUCACCGUGAUUCAGCAACAGCUGACUGGUGCAGCAACAGCUGACCGUGGUGCAGCAACAGCUGACGGUGGUGUAGCAGCAGCUGACUGUGGUGCAGCAGCAGCUGACUGUGGUGCAACAGCAGCUGACCAUGGUUCAGUAACAGCUGACUGGUGCAGCAACAGCUGAAUGUGGUUCAGCAACAGCUGACUGUGGUUCAGCAGCAGCUGACCGUGGUUCAGCAGCAGCUGACCGUGGUGUGGCAGCAGCUGACUGUGGUGCAACAGCAGCUGACUGGUGCAGCAGCAGCUGACCAUGGUGCAGCAGCAGCUGACCAUGGUGCGAUAGUACGUAUUUCCCACCCUUUUUACAUAUGAUCGCUUGAGAGAUGGUAUCUUUGGUUUGGUAUACAACCUGGCCAGCUCCGGGACACUCACUCAACUUUUGUACUUGGCAAUUAUCUCUUUCUUCAUUUCCAUAGUAAUUUUCACCUUUUUUACCACACGGUUGGCACUAGAAGCUUUCUUGGGGCCCAUGGUGACUUAUUUUGCAGGUACAAUCACUAAAAACGCUGUGAUAAUAUGAAAUGUUCCGAUUGUAUGCGUGGAUGCGACCGCACUGGCUGGCUUGUAAACACUGGCACCCAUGGGACAACUGAGGCACGCUCAGGCCACACGUGGACGCGUCUCGAACGAAUCACGUAGAGUGAGUUUUUUAGCGUUAGCAGAGGCAAAAUUUUUGCGUUAAAAUGUAUCGUAUGCUGGAUUUAACGUUAGGUGAUGCCAUCGUUAGCUGAGGGUCCACUGUAUUGUAUUUGUGUCAAAUUUUUCUGUUGUAUCUGUAUUUUACACUUUUUAUCUCCAUCCACCAUGACUGUAUGCAAAUAAGGCUGCUUCCCACUUUGUCUUUAGAGAUUUCUUGUCGGAGAGGCACUUCUGUCUCUGGUUUAUAAUACACAGAUAACCCGCACAUAGGAGCUUACAACGGCAUUUCGGUCCAACUUGGACCAUUUACAAAGUCAUACUGACAGAAAGGAGAGGAGGAGGGAGUAUAUAUAGGCCAGCAGACAGAGACAGGACAAAAGAGGUAGUAGGAAAGGAAGAAGUCCAAGUCGGUCUGAAAUGUCAUAAGCUCCUCUCUCCUAUGUGCAGGUUAUUUGUGUAUUGUUCCAGUCACGGCAUUGUGUCUUUUUGUUAUUUCUGGUUUAUAAUAAUUUUUAGCUUGGCUUAGUGCUGGUUGAAGGUGUAUCUCAAGGCUGUGUUCUCAGCACUACCUUCCUACUCUCCAUUAAUGAUCUUAACUCUGUUUUCACUUCCAAUGUUUUGUUAUCUCUAUAUCAUCUCUUGUCCUAUAGCUUGUUCAGACGGUGACUCUCAAAAUGUAGUGACGUUCAGUAUGACUUUGAUCAUGCUGCCAAUUGGGCCACUCUCAUGUGUUUAUAUUUUCUGUUGCUAAUGGUAUCCUUCAUACCAUUCUUGGUCUUGUGUUUGAUUGUCGAAUGUCCUGGAAGCCUUGUGUGACCUCCCUUAAAGCUCCAUGUUAUUGUUGCCUGAACCUCCUUGAAACUCCAGCUCUUUUUAACCUUAAUUCAGUCCUAAUCUUAUCUAGACUACUGAUACCAACUAUAUUCUUCAGCCUCUACUGGUAUUCUUUCUAAGGAUUAUGAUUGUGUCUUUGGACUUUCCAAUUUUCCACAGUCGAGAGCCUAUACAGAGGCAAACAUCUGGUCUUUGCAAGAUUGACACUGCCCAUUAUCUCCGUUGUCUAGUCUGCUUCUUCAACCUUCACAGUUCUUCCACUUAUAAAAUAGUAACAUACACUAGAAGACUGAUUUAUUUAAUCAUCGCUUCCAUUUAUUGCGCCCCAUUCCUCUCUGUAUUUAUCCUCUAAUUUGUUCUGUUAAUUUCCGUCCCCAUUACGUUCAACAAGCAUCUUUUCCUCCCCUUUGUUGUGAAGUUUCAACAAUUCACAUUUGUUCCUCCCCACUUUCAUGUUCAAAGUUCAUUUGCCUGUUCAUUCCUGUCUCAUUCUCAUGUUGUUGCAGUGUAUAUUUAUGGUUGUAAAUCUCCUGAUGAUGUCAGAUAUGCAGCUGUUUUUUUCCCAAAAGAAUAACCCAUGUGCAACAUUUGUGCCACGUUAAAUUUUAAUGCAUCUGAUAGUGUCAUCUUGCCAGAAUGUCCUAUCACCUGUGCCCAAAGUAGAGAGAGAGAGAGAGAGAGAGAGAGAGAGAGAGAGAGAGAGAGAAUUCUGCAACAUGUUUAAAACAUGCUUUUCUGGCUGGGUGAUUGACUGACUGUGCUUGGCUGACUGACUGACUGACUUUGGAUAGCUCUGUCUCUCUCAGUCUUCCUGUCUCUCAGAGAGAGCCACUCAUGAACCAGAAUCAAGGACUAAGUAAGUUUAUUUAGGCACAGGUACACAUAAGUACAGUCAUCAUACAUAGCGUAAAUUACCUAGGAUAACCCCAAAAAAGCCAGACAAAGUGCUAUACUGUGCUUGUAUAUAUGAGGCAUAAGCAUGAAUGUGGCAAAGAAUACGCAUUUCCACUUGUUCAGACGUGACAGUUCUGUGAUGUGUAAUACCUCUUGGUUAAUGAGCAGAGAGAGAGAGAGACAGACGUGCUUAUGUGUGUGGUCUUAUAUCUCGGUAGGUAAUGACCCUAAAAAAUUUUUUUUUUGGUCUCGUUACACACAGAAUAUUACCCUCUCUAAUUAAUAGAAAAAGUAAAAAUAUUUGAAGUGCUAGCAGUGAAAAUGUACGUCUACAUUUGGACAGUUAAAUUGUUAACGUAAUCUUCGGCCUCUAAAACGCUGGGUAAAUUUUUGAGACGUAUUUUAGUGAAAAAAAAAAAAGUAUUUGCACCAUAAAGUAUGGUAUGUUGUAUUUCUAGUGAACAUGAAAGUCAUUUUCUUGCCCAUGUUCAGAACAACGAACAAGUAGACUCAGCGCCUGAAUCAGCUGUUUGGUAACUCCCAGUUUCCCACAGGGUCUUCCUUUUUCGGAGUAUUUUUCAGGGCUGUCUCAACACAACAGCUGACAACAACUUUGGCCUGAGUUGGUCCACUAAAAAUGAUUUUCUACCAGGUCACAUAUAGGUUUGUGGCCAUCUUCCACCCACUGUGUGGGAAACUGCUCUCUCACAUUUAUGUACCAGACACAUGUUUAAAAACAGUUUUAAAAACAGUUUAAAAACUGUAGUGUAAAGCACCCUUCUGGCAAGACAGUGAUGGAGUGAAUGAUGGUGAAAGUUUUUCUUUUUCGGGCCACCCUGCC